UAUAAUUUAUAUAAAAUAUAACAAGAAAACUUCUGAAAUUAUCAAAAAAAAAAUUCUUUUACAUUUAUUAUUUUGCACAUAAAAACACAUACAAAAUGGAAAAUAGAGACAAAUUUGCACUUGUAAAAAUAAAAUGCGAAUUGCAGAUGCAUGAAACCGCAAAUCAACGGUGUAAAGAGCCAAAUAACCAAGCGGACUGCCUGCGGAAAGUCGAGUGGAAUGUCAAUCAUGUGUUCCAGCCAUCCAAUAAGUUUUGUGGUGUACACGCCCAAAGACGAAGAAAUAACGGCUCAUAUGUAUCCGGGUCAAAUACGAAAAAUGCAGGUUACCAAGUGUCCGCUGCUGAGAUUACCACAACCGUGCAGCAAAUGCGGCCAGUGGGCGUCAAAGGACGAACCCUCACAUGUCAUUCGGGCUCGGCACAGCAAUGCAAAUAAAAAUAAAAUCAUGGGGUUGAAAAGGAAAUUACAAAUCCGAAAGUAGUUAAAUGCCUUGCAGCGCACACCAUUUGUGGGCAACGAUAAGCU